AUGGCUUUGUUCUCUGACACUUUUUCCAUACCUCACGCACAAGGCUCUCUUCAAAUAAUACAGUACAGUGGGCCUCCAAAGCCUAAGCAAACCUCUCGCCGGAACCCCUCAAAGGCCCUGUCAAACAAACACAGUCCAAAAUCGAACACUCAACUGGAGAACAAAGAGGAUCUUGUACCAACGUCGGACCAAGUCGAAGUCAUUAAUUUGACAUAUUUAGAAGAUAACAGCGAUAUCAGCGGUAGCAGUGGUAGAGGAGACAGUGAUAUUAGCAGUUGCGACGAUUUUGCGCCCCAGAACGAAAGUGAAGGCGAAGAGUUUAAGCGAAACUUGGAAGAAGGCACAGAGGACGAGAGCUCAAACCAGCCAGCUCCUUCUGAAAACGUUAGUCAAGGCAAGUGCCGGAAAAAUACGGUCGUUAUCGACGACAGUCAGUCCAGCGUAGAUACAGAAGAGGGCGACUCGCACGAAAAUGAUGCAGCUUCGGAGUUUCGCUGUGGGGGGUGUCCUAUAGAGACGGAAAAUCUUAUCGACUCCGAUGCGGUUGGAAAAGCAAAGACUCAAAUGAGUGGGUUCCCGCUUCGCAAAUUUUCAUCGACUCCGUCAAUGAGCUCGUCGAAGAUGAAUGUCGAACAAUCAACGCAAGGCAGUCCUCCUACGAUUGAAAACACGAGUAGUAGCAGUAGCAGCAGCAGCGAUACCGACGACGAUCACUAUGAUCGCGGUAAUCAGAUUGCGUGGCUGACCCGCAAGCGGAAACGCUUCUCGCCAACCAAGUGGCACAUUCCAUCGUCAAACAUGACAUCGAAGCAGCGCCUUAAGCACAACCGAUGA